AAUAAUCAUGUUCACGUCCCGGUUUCACUACCUGCCAACUCUCUCACUCACACUCUUCCCUCCAACUAACUGCAAGUUCCAUCAUUGGCCAAACAAUGUUAAACUGUAAAAUCUGUACAAAUAACCGAUUAAGCACAAUUCAAAUUGUUUGAUUCUCGAUUGAGCUAUAUACAGGUUGGAUCAUGGGAAGAUCUAGCGGAUAUUGCUUCAGAAUCAUUGCUUGUGGCAGCAACAGCUCUGAAUCCGUCGAUAGAGACGAUCUGAAUGCUUCUGCUGAGAACAACGGUUCCGAUAAAAGAGGAUGGAGCUUCCGCAAACGAUCAGCGGGACAUCAAGUACUAACAAGUACUGUCAUAACCGAAAUACCUUCCGAGAAUAAGAACUCAGAACCUGUUGUUAUCAACUAUGAACCACCUGUCAUUUCUGUACCUGAGAAAACUACUGCAAAUCUAUGUACAGAGGAAUUGCCUUGCGUGUCAACAUCAACUACCAAGGACAAUACGGUGUCUAGUUUGGUCACUGAAGUUGCUGAUAAGGAUGAAAGUAAAUUCGAUUCCAGUCUUGAUGAAUCAUCCGUCAUUGUCAUCCAGUCUGCUGUUAGGAAAUACUUGGCUCAGAGAGAACUGAUAAAGUAUAGGAAAAUUGUGAUAUUACAAGCUGCUGUACGAGGGCAUUUGGUUCGUUGUCGUGCUGCUGGAACGCUGCGUUGCAUUCAAUCUAUUGUUAAGAUGCAAGCUCUUGUUCGUGCCCGCCAACGUAGCAUGCCUCUUGAAAAAACGUCUACACGUAAAAUGGGGAAACAAGAUUCUAAAACCUUACCACAUCCAACAUAUACUACAAUUGAGAAGUUACUCAGUAACCGAUUCACUAUCCAGCUAUUGGAAUCCACACCAAGAACCAAACAAAUUAGUAUAAAAUAUGAUCCAUCGAAAGACGAUCCCGCUUGGAAAUGGCUGGAAAGGUGGACAUCGGUGUCUUCUCCCCAACUUAUGGACCCACAUGCAUCAAAUACUGGGCCUGAACUCGGGCCCGAGAAGCCCGUAGUGGACGUUGAACAGCCCAAACGUCCUUCCAAGCGGGCUGCCACUGAACAAGCAGAUUCAGAGGAAAGAAAGUCUGUGUUUGGAUCAAGAAAGCCGAGUAAUUCAGCAUUCAUUGCGGCCCAUUCAAGAUUCGAGGAGUUGACUUCUACGAACAAGUCAUUGACUUCCAUCAAUUCUUUAAAUCAAGAACACAUGGUGGAUUCUCCUGCGGAUAAAAAUGUUUCUGUUGAAUCUGUGGGACCACCAGUUUACAAAAGCAUAAAAUUGGGUCAUAGUCGAAACGGUGGGUCAGAAUGUGGAACUGAGCUUUCCGUCACAUCCAUGCUUGACUCACCAGAUCCAUCAGAGAUUGGAAACACUGAAUGCAACAAAGAAGUGAAAGUCGUAGGCACUGAGUUGACUCGCUCCAUUUCGAAUCUAUCAGAAAACUUUGAUUGCAACACGUCUAAUGAACACAUUGAGCUGGAACUUGAAACCGGCCGUCAAAUGUACAAGUCAUCAUCAAUGCAUAAAGAAGUCGAGUCCCCAGAAACAUCAAUAAAAGGUCAUGUAACCGCCUCUGAACACGUAGUAACACCAUCUAGCCAGAUAUCAGAUAACAAAAGGAGUAAAAAGGUACGGAUUCAAAAACCGAAACCAUGGUCAAAUACUAAAAGGUCAACUGUAAGAAAUAGUUUGGACCAUUUACCUAAAGAGGCUAAACCCACGAACCGGAGGGAUUCUCUAGGGUCACAAAGUUCUGAACAACCAGUUGAUCAGGAACCUCGAGAUAGUUGCAGUAGUAAUUCUAUACCAAGUUACAUGCAAAUUACUGAAUCCGCAAAAGCAAAAGCUCUGGCGAAUAACUCACCAAGUUCAAGUCCAGAUGUGCAAAGUAAAGAAGCUUAUUUGAAAAAGAGACACUCGUUGCCCGGUUCGGUUAGCGGCAGGCAUGGCUCACCACGGCUCAAGCGGACCCCACAACAGACCACCAAGGGAAAAAGUAAUCCAGAGAGGAAAUGGCAGAGGUAAUGUAAAGCAAAGGCGAGGUGAUUCUAAUCCCUGCAUUUUUUCCUCUGUCGCGUUACUGCUUUUGUCCGCGGUUAGUUGUGCCGAAAUUCCUUUUUUGAUGAUCUGCUUGUAUGUUUGUAAACUAAAGUUGUGUGCCAUUUUUUAUUUUGCUAUUUUUUGGGUAUAUUUAUGAAUAUAUUUAAUUUAAAAUAAAGAUCUUUAGACAAUUUUAAAGUA